AUGAUAGGUAGACAAAAUUGGAUGGAUCACGUUUUAGAGGUAGAUCAUUUUAAAUUUAAGAGAGUCAAUUCUUUCAAGUAUCUUUGCUCAAUUGUGACCGGAAAAAAUGAUAUCACCAAGGAAGUAGUCGUGAGAAUCCAAGCGGGAAACAGGACUUAUUAUGGUUUGGAGAAACUAUUAAGUUCUAAAUCAUUAUCAAGAAAGAUAAAAAGACGUUUGUAUACUAGUCUAAUACGGCCAGUGAUAUUGUACGGAUCGGAAACCUGGGCACUAAGGAAAUCAGAUGAGAAUAAGUUUUUAAUACUAGAAAGGAAAAUAUUACGAAAGAUCUUCGGUCCAAUAAAAGAUAACAUCACAGGAGAGUGGAGAAGAAGGAAAAAUAUAGAGCUACAAGAAAUUUUUAAUGAAAAUAACAUAGCAGAGACAAUCAAGAAAAAAAGAUUGCGGUGGGCAGGACAUGCAAUGCGAAGCCAGAACUCUUUACUAAGAAUGGUUUUAGAACAGAAUCCAGUAGGAAAAAGGCCUUUGGGAAGACCAAAAUUGAGAUGGGAAGAUUUAGUUAAGAGAGAUAUAGAAGUCUUAGGAGGCGGAGCAAACUGGAAGGAUUUGGCGAUGAAUAGAGAUGCCUGGAGAAUUGGUUGUGAGACGGGAUGGUCCUAG